AUGAAGUUACUCCACACUGGUUCGGUAUUGGCUGCUCUAUCAUCGGUAGUCUUGUCAUUUCCAUUGACUGUCAAAGUCCCCGCCAAUGACAUUGAAUGUUACUACGGUCAGGUGCACACUGUGGGAGCCAAGGUCGGCUUUUCAUAUGCUGUCCAGGCAGGUGGCUCUUUUGACAUUGAUUUGACCAUUAGGGGUCCUGAUAAAAGAGUAAUCUAUGAACAACCAAAAGAUAGCCAGGGUGAAUUUGCAUUUGCUGCUUCAUCACCGGGUGAAUAUGAAUUCUGCUUCAGCAACGACAUGUCCACUUUCUCAGAGAAAACCGUUGAAUUCGAUAUCAGUAUUGACACCGAUAUCAAGGCUAGUCUACCAAGCAGUGUGGGUGUUGGAGAUACAGAUCGAGUUGAACAAUCUAUUUCCACCAUUGAGGACAGAACUUCCAGUAUGUUGAGAUCUCUCCAUUAUUAUAAGACUCGUAACAACAGAAAUGAGUCGACCGUCAAAAGUACUGAGGCUCGUAUUUUCUAUUUCUCUAUUUUUGAGGUAUUAUUGAUGGUUGGAAUGGGUGUCUUGCAUGUUACUAUUGUACAACUUUUUUUUACUGGAUCUCGUAAGCAACUUGUAUAA